AUGAACGCCGAACUAUUUGAAAAAUGGUUUGAAGAAUCUUUCCUAAAGAAACUUGCUCAGCCCUCAAUUAUUGUUUUAGACAAUGCAUCUUAUCACACGCGGAAAAGUGAAAAGAUUCCAAGAGCUUCUUCAACCAAAGAGGAAAUUUCGAAUUGGUUGAAAAUGAAGAAUAGACCAUUUGGUACUGCGAUGUUUAAGGCCGAAUUGUUAGAAAUUGUAAAAAAUCACAGUCAAGCAACCAUAACUAAAUAUGUUGUCGAUGAAAUGACAUUACAAUAUGGCCACGAGGUUCUGCGUUUGCCGCCUUACCAUUGCCAUUUCAAUCCCAUUGAACUGGUAUGGGGAAUUUCGAAAAAGUUUUACGAUGACCAUAUUGUUGGUACGCCGGGAAGACCAGAAGAUGUUCUUAAAACCUGGAACGACGCGUUAGCUAAAGUAACUCCAGACGUGUGGAAUCGCUGCGUAACCCAUACAGAAGAAAUAAUCAAGGAUACCUUCAAUCGUGAAAAAAUCAUAGACGAUGUAAGGGCUUUGGUUUUUACUGUAAAUACAGGAAGUGAUGAAGAAAGCGAUUAUUUAAGUGAAAGUGACAAUGACAACGACGCGUGA